GUUUACUUUUCUGGUUGUGAGAAUAGCUAUGCAAGUUCGACCACUUUAUAAUUUGUCACACACUCUCUCUCUUUCUCUUUACCCUUCCAACCUCAUCUCAUUCGGUUCUCUCUGCAGUACUCAAUUGAUCCCUUUGUUUUCUAUUCGUUUCUGAGAGCUUUGUGUUUAUGGCCGGCAUAGACUUGGGUUCAGCAUCACACUUUGUUCAUCGCCUUCAACGCCCUGACCUUGAAGAUCAUGAUGAGAACCAAGACCAAGAUGGAAACAACAACAGCAAUGAAGGGCUUGACCUAGCUACACAAAAUCAAGGUCCUGGUGAUGUUGUCGGUCGGAGGCCAAGGGGAAGACCACCAGGAUCAAAGAAUAAGCCUAAACCACCCGUGAUCAUCACAAGGGAGAGUGCAAACACGCUUAGGGCUCACAUCCUUGAAGUCAGCAGUGGUUGUGAUGUGUUUGACUCAGUCGCUACCUAUGCAAGGAAACGGCAGAAAGGGAUCUGUGUUCUCAGCGGCAGUGGCACCGUCACCAACGUCACACUACGGCAGCCAGCUGCCGCCGGCGCUGUGGUGACACUGCACGGAAGGUUUGAGAUAUUGUCCUUAUCAGGAUCGUUCCUCCCACCUCCAGCUCCACCAGGUGCCACAAGUUUGAGUGUGUUCCUUGGUGGGGGUCAAGGUCAGGUUGUGGGAGGAAAUGUUGUUGGCCCUUUGGUGGCUUCUGGGCCAGUUAUUGUGAUUGCUUCAUCAUUUACUAAUGUUGCGUAUGAGAGGUUGCCCUUGGAGGAAGAUGAAUCUCUUCAGAUGCAACAAGGUCAAUCAUCUGCUGGUGGCGGUAGUGGCAGUGGUGGUGGUGGAGGAGUUAAUAACUCUUUCCCUGACCCAUCUUCAGGGCUUCCGUUCUUCAAUUUACCCCUAAACAUGCCUCAAUUACCAGUUGAUGGUUGGGCUGGAAACUCCGGUGGAAGGCAAUCUUAUUGAGUUGAUCUUCGGGGCACAAAGGUGAGUAGUUGAAUCUUAACAUCUAUAUAUAUAUAUAUAUAUAUAUAUAUAUAUAUAUAUAUAUAUAUUAAUUUUCUGGUGAAUUUCCUUCUUUCCUUUGAAUUGUUUGUGAAGAAGUACUGAUUGUUACUGAAGUUCGUCUUCUUUUGCUAGGAAUGUUGUAAGAACUCUUUUUAGGAACAAUUGUAAAACGUUUGCCCUUUGUUGUUGUUCUUGUUGUUAGACUAUAGUUUUGGUUGUGCAUUGACCUCAAGUUGAAUAAAUCAGACUCAAUAACAUAUUUUUUGAA